CCUUCCGUCUUUUUCUUCUCUCACUUCCUUCAUAAUGCAUAACUGCGUGCCUCCAGGCCAGGGAAUACAUAUUUAGUCUGUUACCUCUUGGUACACCCUACUGAAGUGGAAAUCAUGUUACUUUGCUGACAUGUGAAGAAGUACACUUUGCACUAUGUUAUAAAGGAACACCCUUGAUGAAGGAGAUGAUGGAAGAUUGGUUUAUAUAGCUUGUCGGUAUAAAUUGAGUAAUAUGCAAUGUGUUACAUGAUGAAAUGGAAGCAGCAAAAUGUCUAAUGUAAUAUCAGGUACUAGUCACAACAGCAUUAUGUAUAAAGUUGCAUGUAACAAUUAUGUAUUGCAGUACAUGUGAUAUAGUAUAUGAGGUGUGAUAAAAAAUACAGUGAGCACUCAAAACUAUUAAGCUAAGUUUAAUUUUAACUUAAAUACCAAGAGACACGAUGACAUUAAUCCACUUCAGAGCACUCCUUUUUGCUUCGAACACAUAUCUCUUUGUCCUUGUCACUUUCGCAAACAGCUUUGGAAGUCUUCUUUCGUGUCUGUAGUUGUGCUGUCCUGGCUGUCCGGGUGUCAUGAGCCAGUUCAGGAUGUUUACCUUUCGUGAUCAUUUUGACUUGAGGAAGAGCCAGAAGUUGCACGGUCCCACAUGCAUGGAGAAGCUGGAGCAGCAGAAAUGAAGGUACACAUGCACACGAAGUUCUGCCUCAUCUGCCUGCUGACGUUUGUCUUCCACCACUGCAACCACUGCCAUGAAGAGCAUGACCAUGGCCCAGAGGAGCUGCACAGACACCACCGCGGGAUGACAGAGCCGGAGCCCAGCAAGUUCUCUGUGCAGGACGCCGAGAACGAGCAGAGAUACUAUAUUGAGAGACUCUUUGAUCGUUAUGGCGAAAAUGGAAGAUUAUCCUUUUUCGGCCUGGAGAAACUUUUAACAAACUUGGGCCUGGGAGAGAUAAAGGUAGUGGAGAUCAGCCACGAGGAUCUGGGCCACGACCACGUCUCUCACCUGGACAUGCUGGCCGUCCAGGAGGGCAGGCACUCCCACUCCCACAGCCACCAGCAUGCCCACGAGCCCGCCAGCCCGGAGAACCAGACUGCGCGCACCCUGCCGGCGAGGAGGAGUCACAAGUGUGACCCCAUGAAGGAGGCCCUCGGAGCGCCUGCAAAGUCGGAGGACAAGCACACGCACGACCACGGCCCCCGCCCACGCCCUCACCCUCACCGCCUGCACCAGCACCUGGACCACAGCGGCGCCAGCCACAUCCACAACGGCUCUGCCCCCCGCGGGCAGCCUGGGGAGCCCAGCCGCGUGCCAGCCACAGAGACAAAUAAGACACAGGAGCAGGCGGAACUCAAGCCCCGGAGAGGACGGAAGGACAAAGGGAAGAAAAAUAACGAGAACUCUGAGGUCAUCACGCCAGGCCUGCCCCCUGCCCAUGCCCAGGGAGAACCCUAUGAGCAUAAUCGGGUGCACAAGCCCGAUCGCGCGCAUAACCCUGGCCAUUCUCACAUUCACCCGGACCACAACGGGCACGACCCUGGUCACGGGCAUCAGGACCGGGCGUCUGAGGACGAAGGAGAGCUUCGGCACGCCCGGAAGCGAGAAGCACCACACGUCAAAAAAAGUGCAAUGUAUUCAGCUGCUAGUCACAAAGAUCACGGUGAGGAUGACCACCACCACGAGUGUUUGAAUGGCACUCAGCUGCUGAAACACUUUGGGCAUGGGGCCAACACCCCCAUCUCACCGACACUGUUCACCUACCUGUGCCCCGCACUGCUCUACCAGAUCGACAGCAGGCUGUGCAUUGAGCAUUUUGACAGACUUUUAGUUGAAGAUUUAAGUAAGGAGAAGCAUCUCAUUCCUGAAGAUAAGUCAAACAUAGGGGCCUCAGCUUGGAUUUGUGGCAUCAUCUCUAUCACUGUAAUCAGCCUGCUCUCUUUGCUGGGUGUGAUUUUGGUUCCCAUCAUUAAUCAAGGCUGCUUCAAAUUCCUUCUCACAUUCCUCGUCGCACUGGCUGUAGGAACCAUGAGUGGAGAUGCCCUCCUUCACCUGCUGCCUCAUUCGCAGGGUGGACAGGACCAUGGCCAUCACCACGCGCACGGCCACGGGCACGGACAUCCUCACACACAUGAGGCCGAGGACUUUCUAGAGGCGUACGACGCUGUGCUGAAGGGACUCGUCGCUCUGGGAGGCAUUUAUGUACUGUUCAUCAUCGAGCACUGCAUUAGAAUGUUUAAGCACUACAAACAGCAAAGGGGAAAACAGAAGUGGUUCAUCAAGCAGAGCACAGAAGAGUCAACUAUUGGAAGAAAGCUUUCAGAUCACAAGUUAAACAACACACCAGACGCUGACUGGCUCCAACUCAAGCCUCUUGCCGGGACUGAUGACUCGGUUGUUUCUGAAGAUCGCCUCAACGAAACUGAACUGACAGACUUAGAAGGCCAGCAGGAGUCCCCUCCUAAAACCUACCUGUGCAUGGAAGAGGAGAAGAGCGCAGAGCACACCCAUAGUGAUGGGCUGCACAACCACCAGGGCGGGAGCAAGGCCGUGCCGCGGAAGCAUGUCCAUCAGUGGCACCACAAGCACUCCCAUCACUCACACGGACCCUGCCACUCCGGCUCAGACCUCAAGGACACGGGGAUCGCCAACAUCGCCUGGAUGGUCAUCAUGGGGGACGGCAUCCACAACUUCAGUGAUGGGCUCGCCAUCGGAGCGGCGUUCAGUGCUGGGCUGACAGGAGGAAUCAGCACUUCCAUAGCUGUUUUCUGUCAUGAGCUGCCACAUGAAUUAGGUGACUUCGCCGUGCUCCUCAAGGCCGGCAUGACCGUGAAGCAGGCCAUUGUGUACAACCUCCUCUCCGCCAUGAUGGCGUACGUGGGCAUGCUCAUCGGCACGGCAGUGGGCCAGUACGCAAACAACAUCACGCUCUGGAUCUUCGCCGUCACCGCGGGCAUGUUCCUCUAUGUAGCCCUGGUGGACAUGCUCCCGGAAAUGUUGCACGGUGAUGGCGACAGUGAGGAACACGGCUUCUGCCCUGUGGGGCAGUUCGUCCUGCAGAAUUUAGGGCUGCUGUUUGGGUUCGCCAUCAUGCUGAUCAUCGCGCUCUAUGAAGACAAAAUCGUGCUUGACAUUCAGUUCUGAGGGCUCCAGGAGCCCUGAGGAUGCAAGGGUCCCUCGCGCCUUGGUGCCAUCCGUCCGCCAGUGGCUUGCAGUGCUCACGAGUCCCGCAGUUGAGCCUUGCCCUGAGACUGGUGCUCAGUACUCUCUCCCCGAGUACAGGGAUAUUUUAAAGUUUGAGACAGGAGAAAGUGGGACUCCAUGAACUAAUGUCAAUGUAUGUUUGAUUAAGACUUUUUAAAAAGUAAUCAUAUAAAACACUAAAGUAGUCUCCUUACUAGUAGAAACUUCUGUGGCUAUGCAGAAAUAAAAACUGAACCAAAAAAAUCAUUUAAACCUUGAGAAUAUAUGAAAUGAACUGUGAGCGGAUAUGUCGUGUGCUAAGGAUGGCACGUGGUGCCCUUUGUUUCAGCUCCGUGCCUGCCGCCAUAGGGACCAGCUCAACACAACUUUGAAACCACGUAGUAGAUAAGAACUAGAGGAAAGCUCAGGCUGCGGUAGGGUAUGAAUUAGCAUCGGGGAAAACCCUUAUUCUUGAAUCUAGAGUUACUAUUUUUGUAUAUAUUUGCAUAGUGUUUAAACCUGCAGCCUAAACUACUGAAAUUUGUGAUUGUAUGUUUGUGUGAGCUUUGGUUUAAUGACAGAUUCAUAAUGGUUCUUUGUACUGUUAUACUACUUGGUGUUUGGGGGUAUUUUUCUGUUUUUUAAGACUAUAAUUUUGCUUUUGUUUGGGGGAGGUGGGGGGUGUCAGCAUGUGGUCAAAUGGUUUUUCCUUACGAUUACAACCUUCUAGAACAUAUCAAAGAAAUGAACCCAAACAUGGUCUAAAUUACUCAGUUUUCCAACUUGACAGUACUAACUCAGUUGGUUGGGAAACUGGAUUUCCAAAUGUUCGCAUCCUAGUUUGGCACCGGAAGCCAGGCACCGGCUGUGAAUGGCUGUGCGUUGCAAGGCACAAAGUGCAAGUUUGCAGCUGCCUGCUGUGGGCGUGAAGUGUUGCCUGCACAGUGCCAGGGCAGAUGCGUCAUGCCGGACGGGUGUGGGGCGGAGGCUGAGCCCAGCUCUCUCAAUCCUCUGUGCCAAGACGCGCUGCUGGUUCCCAGCAGGGACCGGUUCCUUCCUGGGUGCCCGUUCUCCUGCCAGUCGCACUUGCAGCGACUGAGAAGCGCAAGCCACGUUUCUCCCCCAUUUGGCGGGUCAUGUGUAGUGCUAGUCGUGCAUGUAGGCUUCGUUUACACUCCUUGCCAUGUGGUUUCACCUAGCACGUCAGGCCAGUGCCUGGCGCUGUGCCUGCCACCGUGUCUCCAUCUGCCUGGCAGCCAGUGUAGCUCCUUAUUGAUCUUCCCGCUAGACAUGGAAGAGCCAGACUCUCCAUUCCAUGUGAAACGUCUCCAUUGCAUCCUCUCCUCCUCCCAGUUCCUCUCCUCUUACUCUGUGGAUUUUUAAAAAACAACCAAACUUCAAGAGCAGCACACCUAUCCUGGUGUUAAUAGAUUAUUGCCAGUGUUUCUGCUUUACGCUGCAGCACAGGAGUAGAUGGUGUUACAUCCUUGAGUUAUGCUUGAAUCUGAAAAUUACUUUUGCUUUUCUCGUGGCCUCUUUGUAAUAACCACAUAGAUUGUUUUCAGCGUUGGGCACUGAAUCGAGACAGCCCUCAUUUCAUUGCUUGGCCCUUCAAGCAACCUAGUGAAAAGGUGCUGACAUUUUAUUUAGUACUGCCAACUGUACGUGAUCUUGCUUUUGGAACCAGGAAAUACUUACCAAUCACUUUUUUGGGUUUUACACCCAACGAGGAUUCUGCAUUCCAGCUUUAAAUCUGCUGCAUUUAAAAGCAACAGCUGGAAUAUAUUCCCAGUCUUAAAAGAAAUGCCUCAUUCAAAGCAGAUAGGUUAUGCUAAGGUAUACAAAGUUUUAUAUUCUCUCAGAAGUGGUAUUAUCUUUCUUUGCUAGAUUUUCUUAACUUCGUAAGAGGUCUGUAACAGUUGCUGCUAGUAUUUUGAUAAGGUUCCACCAGUGGUUAGUUUUCACAUCAUUUUUCUAGUGCAUAGUUUCGAGUCUUACUAGACAAUCUUAAUUCCACUACAUUUCUGUUUGGCUCCAACAUUCCAUUAGCUUAACCAGUCUAAUUUUAACAUGCGUUUGUUGGAGGUCAUUAAUGUUACUUGUACAACGCUGUCACUGUGUGACAUCCAUAUGAAUUUUGAUGUAUAUCACAUUGCAUUCAAUCAGCUGUGAUUAUGCUUAGAAAUACUAUAGUAACUAUGUGCAGUGUGAAUUUUUACCAUUAACAGUAAGUCAGUGGCUUAAAUGUGAUUAUGGUUCUGCAAGGUGAUCUUGCUAAAAUAUCUAAGCUUUUGUUGUAACUGAUAUCAUUUUUUAAAAAUUUAUAAAGCUGGAAAUGAUCAUAUGCUGUUUUUUUCAUUGUCAACAGUGCUGUGUCAUUUUAUGUAUGUUCCUGAUGCUUAUGGAACUCUCCCAGAAUAAAGUUAUUCCAAAAGAGCAAAUA